CUCUCCUUCUACCUCCUCUCGUUUUUUCGUAAAACGGGCUCGAAGAACCUUCCACCGGGCUCAAAUGGUUGGCCAUUGCUCGGGGAAAACAUGGAGUUCGCCUUUUCGGGCCCACAAAAGUUCAUCCAGGAUAGAAUGCGGAAAUACUCGCCGGAGGUAUUCAUGACCUCCUUGUUGGGACAAAAAAUCGCAAUAUUUUGCGGUGCGAAAGGCAACAAAUUCCUCUUCAUGAACGACGACAAACUUUUCACCUCCUUCUGGCUUCAAUCCAUGAAGAAAGCCUUGUUGUUCCCCGAACCGGCGAAAGGCAACUUCAUAUCAAUUCUAAAACGGAGCUACCACGGCGACUUUCUCAAACCGGAGGCCUUGAAACAGUAUAUUCCUGCGAUGGAUGCCCUGGCCCGCCAGCAUCUGGAUAGUUACUGGAUCCCCAAUUCAGUUGUCGAGGUUUUUCCGUUGUCCAAGAAGUACACUUUCGAGCUAGCGUGUAGAUUGUUUCUGAACGUGGUUGAUCCAGCGCACAUAGGUAAGCUCUCCGGUCCGUUCACACUCGUGACUAGCGGGAUGCUAUAUGUGCCCGUGAAUUUGCCCGGUACGGCUUAUCACCGUGCGGUCAAAGGAGGUAAAUUGGUGCGCGAAAAGGUGGUGAGUAUAGUUACAAAGAGGAGGAAGGAGCUUGUGAUGAACGAGGAAACGGAGGGUCGAGAUUUGUUGUCAAAGAUGCUGCUUCUGACGGACGAAGACGGACGGUUUCUGAGUGAAAUGGAGGUUUCCAACAUCUUCAUUGGUUAUCUAGUGGCUAGCUACAUGACCACCAGCUCUGCAAUCACUGUUGUCAUGAAUUACCUUGCUGAAUUUCCCCAUGUUUAUCGAGAGGUUUUCAAAGGUGACGAUCUUUUUUUUUUCUUUUCUUUCUUUUUUCGAUUUUUGGCUUCCAAAAACCAGUCCUCUCUUGCAGAACAAAUGGCGAUUGCGAAAUCGAAAGGUCCCGACGAGUUAUUGACAUGGGAAGACAUCGAAAAGAUGAAGUAUUCGUGGAACGUGGCUCGUGAAUCGUUUCGGCUAAUGCCACCUGCGCAAGGGGCGAUUAGGGAAACCACAAAUGAGUUCACCUAUGCUGGUUUCACCAUUCCUAAAGGAUCAAAGAUAGUUUGGACGGUUCAUUCGUCCCACAAGAAUCCGGAGUACUUUCCGGAGCCGGAAAAGUUUGAUCCGACGAGAUUUGAGGGGAGCGGGCCCGCUCCUUACACGUAUGUGCCGUUUGGAGGAGGGUCAAGAAUAUGCCCCGGAAUAGAAUACGCAAGGCUAGAAGUACUGGUUUUCAUGCACAAUGUGGUAACAAGAUUCAAACUCGAAAAGGCAAUCCCAAAUGAGAAGAUUUUGUUCCAUGCUGAAACGGUACCUGCUCACGGCCUUCCUCUUCGUCUCCACCCACACGAAAAAUAAGCUCAUAGUUUUCUUCCGUCUUCUGUCACUUCUUUUUUCUUUUUCUUUUUCUUUUUUUAAAUGCUUUGUAAGAUGUUAAAUCCCAUGAAUGUAUUUGUAGUUUUUGAGGUUUUGUUUUUCAAUAAUCUGUGGUAACAGACUAACAGAAGCUCAGCAUGUAAAAAGGGCCGAGUGCAAUAAAAUGUAGUUGUUUUUGUGCAAGUUUGUGAAUUUUAUGUUUGACAACUAUCUUGAAUUGUCUUCAAUUAAUUUUAUUUAUUCUCUAAUUAAUUUUAAUGAUCUUUAGUUAGUUUCUAAUUGUCUUGAGUUCGAGCUUUUGUCGAGCCGGCUCGGCACAUUUACACCCAUAUAUUGGACUGUGCAUUCAUCACACAAGAAUCGCGAAAGUUACCUCCACCCCCAUCAAAAUUAAUAAAACCCCUGUAAUAAUUUCCUAUGAGAAAUAAUCUCUGACAUGUUUGAAUUUUUGCAUAUUUUUCACGACUCAGAUCUCGAGUUUAGGCAAACCUAAUCCUGUAAUUGACCAUUCGAUAUCCCUAUUCAUUCUAAUUUUAUAUAGACUGCGCACGCAAGGUCAAAUUUAAAAUAAUCAAGAAAUGCAGAACUCGUGAACUCGAGCUCGAGCUUGCUGAUGAAGCUCGUGAGCCACUUGCUACUCUACAAUCCGGCAUAGGAAUCCAAAGGGAUAAGAUACGGAUCGAUACGUAAUUAGGUUUGGUACACCAAACCUAAUGUAUUGACACACCACUCCACAUAAUUAGGCUACUAAUAGAUGAUAUACUUUUUUUCAAGGCCUUGUGUGUAUGCCUCCAAAUCUCCCAAAUUGCUUCAGUCCUAUGUAUAUAUAUACUACACACUUGUGAUU